AUGCGAGGCCUUAUUGCUGCGACCGCGCUGCUUGCCGGUGUGCAGGCCGCCGUUGAUCCUAUUGUCAUCAAGGGCUCAAAGUUCUUCUACAAGAACAAUGGCACCCAGUUCUUCAUGAAGGGUGUCGCUUACCAGCAGGAAGUCAACUCGAACACCUCAUCCACCAACUCUGAUGAUCUGAACAUCACCGACCCGCUUGCCGACAGCACAUCUUGCAAGCGCGACAUUGAGUACCUGAAGAAGCUCAAGACCAACACCAUCCGUGUCUACGCUAUCGACCCUGCGAAAGACCACAAGGAUUGCAUGAACGCGCUCGCUGAUGCUGGUAUCUACGUUGUUGCCGACCUGUCUGAGCCUGGCAACUCCAUUAACCGUGAUGAUGCCGAGUGGACCACCACCCUCUACACCCGCUACACUAGCGUCAUCGACGAGCUGAUGAAGUACGACAACACUCUCGGGUUCUUCGCCGGUAACGAGGUCUCUAACCAGCCCAACAACACCCUGGCUUCUGCUUUCGUCAAGGCUGCUGUCCGUGACAGCAAGGCUUACAUCAAGAGCAAGAGCUACCGCUCUGUCGGCGUCGGCUACGCCACCAACGACGAUGCCGACAUCCGCGAGAACCUUGCCAACUACUUUGACUGCGGGAACAGCGAGGAUGCCAUCGACUUCUGGGGCUACAACAUCUACUCGUGGUGCGGUGACUCUUCCUUCAAGGAGUCCGGUUUCGAUGUUCGCACCCAGGAGUUCGAGAAGUACAACGUUCCCGUCUUCUUUGCUGAGUAUGGUUGCAACACUCCUCGUCCUCGUCUCUUCACCGAGGUCGGCGCUCUCUACGGCGAUGAGAUGACUGGUGUUUGGUCUGGUGGCAUUGUCUACAUGUACUUCGAAGAGGCCAAUGAGUUCGGUCUCGCCACCGUCAGCAACGGCAAGGUCACCACCAACAAGGACUUCGACAACCUCUCCAAGGAGAUCGCUAAGGCUACUCCUAGCAGUGUCAAGAUGGCUGACUACACACCCACCAAUACUGCUGCUGCUUCUUGCCCUACUGUCAAGGCUGGCAAGUGGGAGGCCGAGUCUGACCCUCUUCCUCCUGCCGCUAACGCCCAGCUCUGCUCCUGCAUGAUGGACACUGUCAGCUGUACCGUCGCCGACUCAGCCACAGAGGACGACUUUGGUGACAUGUUUGGCUACAUCUGCGGUCAGAAAAGCGGCAAAUACUGCGUUGGCAUCAACCGCAACGUCACCGCCGGCGCCUAUGGUUCCUACGGCAUGUGCACUGCCAAGGAGCAGCUUGCUUUCGCACUCAACGCCUACGUCAAGGACGUUCCCAGCGGCUGCAGCUUCAAGGGCAAGGCCACCUCCAAGUCGGCUACUGCUACUCCCACUGCUUCUGGCUGCAGCAGCCUCCUCAAGGAGGCGGGUACUGCUGGCACUGGCUCCGUCACCUCUGCCGCCAAGGCCUCUAGCUCCGGCUCCUCUGGCUCUUCCAACUCCACCGGCGCUGCCUCUGGCCUCGCGGUCCCUGCUCUCGGCAUGGGCCUGAGCGCCUACAUCUUUGGUGCUGUCGCCUCAGGCAUGGCUAUGAUCCUCUUGUAA